UAAUGCACGCCCCAAAUUCGCCCGUCUUUCUUGUGCAGCUCUCGUCGAUCCCAGAAACGCCGGCCGGAGAAGCGUUGGACCCGUCAACUCCGGACGUCCACAAUCGCGUCGCGCGCGUGGUGCAAAGGAACCGCUCCGCCGUCCAAAUGCCCGUCCGUCGCGUCGUCUCCGGCGGAGAGGCGAGCAUGCACGAGCACGAUAUACUCGUCCAGAUUAACCACGUCCACAGACAUGAAACCGCAACGCCCCUAUAAAACGGCGGCCUCGCCUUUCCCCCUGAUCACAGCAUCCAGUGCAUUUUCAUAUCGCAUACAAAUAAAAACCAGCCGUUCGGACAAAGAAAACCCCGACCGUCGUCACUCGUCAGCAAUGGCCGAGCACGCGAGCCACAUGGCCGGCGAGGCGGUGGGCCACGCCCAGGACACGACGGGCCACGUGGCGCACCAGGCCCACGACGCGGCCGGGACGGCCCACGACGCGGCGCACGACGGCGCGGCCCACGCCGGCGGCCUCAUGGAGGACGCCGUCGGGCAGGCGCAGCUGGUCGCCCGGAGCGCCGCCGACACCGUCAAGGACGCUGCCGGUGCUGCCGCGGACGCUGUCGGUGCCGCUGCCGACGCCGCCGCUAGCGCCACCGGCGCCAACUAGGCGGGCCCGGCCCUCGCCGGUCCCGCGCAAUGCAUGGCUAGCUCCUCUGAUUCCCCGGCAGCCAUUGCUGGGCUUUGGAUGCAUCCAGGCAUUCGCAGCGAUCUUUAUACUACUAUAUGAUGCGAGAAGGUUGAAGUGAUCGCCGGCCGACGCAUCUUACCAACGGCAUCAUAUAACAAUAGCUCUUGAUAUAUGUGCUAACCCAUUUGUUUUGUUUUCCUCUCUAUACUUGUUGUUCAAACUUGAAAACCAGCAGAGUGGUUUGGUUCUCGAUCGGCUGUGUGGGCUGAGAUCGAAUAGGUCACGCUCUGGUUCAGUUCGUGUCGGCUCGCUGUGUAAGGUGCAUGGCGAAGAUGUGAUAUUUUUUAAUACUAACAAGUACUAUCAUUAAUUCCGCAA